AUGCCGCUGAAUAAAUCCGCCGCCGCCUCUCUCUGCUCCCGCAAUGCCUUCCCCGCCGUGUCGAAUAUCCCGUACCUCAGAUCUAUAACGUCAUCUAGAGGGGCACGAGCUAGCUACCCUCCCGCAACGACCUGCUCGAUAGAACGAUACAGGCGAUAUGCUACAGUAAAUAACGAGCGACGAAACACCUCCAGCCAUAAUGAGGUUCCCGAAUGGCCAAAGACUACUUAUCCUUCUCCCUAUGAGAUCUUCUCUAUGAAGAGUGACGCUCCAUAUACCAAGCACCGAUUCUACCAACUUGUCAAAGUCUACCAUCCAGACCGACACAGCCAUACUUUCGAUAUUGAUAAUGUGCCGCAUAAAAUUCGGUUGGAACGUUAUCGACUUAUCGUUGCCGCCAACGAUCUCCUCAGCGACCCCUCCAAGCGUCAACUCUAUGAUGUCCAUGGUGUAGGCUGGACUGGUGGCAAGCCCCAGACACUCAACGAAACCGUUCGCAACGCCGAUCGAGCCUGGCGCCACAGGGCCGGGUCUGCCGCACACAAUGCUACCUGGGAGGACUGGGAGCGAUGGUACGAUGCUCGCGACGGCAGGACUAGGGAUCCACUGUAUAUGUCCAACGGCACGUUUGCCGCUCUUGUCGUCUGCAUGUGCAUGAUAGGCGCAUUUGCCCAAAUGAGUAGAGCAGACCAAUACGGCGCCGACCUGCUAGAAAUGAAGCAGCAAUCCGAUCUUGUCAUUGGGCAGCAGGUUGCCCGUCGAAACACGGUUGCUGCGGGCAGGUCCAAAGAUGAAAGAGUCGACAUGUUCCUGAAGGACAGAGAGAACCUGAAUUACGCUUACCAGCCCGGCAAGUAUGACAGCGAGAUACUCGCGGCAAGCCAGACUUCUGCACCUGGAAAUAAUGGAAGGGCAUAG